UGCAUAAUUACCAUAAAAAGUUUUGUUCUUCACUGAGCUGAGGAUUACAAGACAGUACGGUAGAACCGAUGGGAGAGGGACUUUGAACAGUAUAGGCAUGCAUUUGUCCCCCGACGAAUCAUGAAGCUUGUCGAAAGAGCGAAAGCACAGAAGGUUUGUUUAGCCUCUGGCAUUCACUCUUUUCACUUUGCUGCUUUUCUGACUCGACUUUCUAGCUAUUGGAAUCCAGAAGUGAAAUGUGAGUUCAGAUCUUUCUUCUAUCUUUCCUGAUAAUAAGAUGUCAAAUAUCACCCAACUUCUAUUUAAUGAUGUGAUAACAAGAAGAAAUAGAUCAAGGAAAUGAAAGGAAGGCUGCUGAAGAAGAUGAAGUUCUUUCCUUCCAUUAACUCUUUAAAACAAGACCACUCUCUUCUGUCAGGCCCCCCUGAAAACCCUUGUAGCCAAAUAUGUGAAACCCCACCAGUAGUAGAAUGUAGCAUCAUAUCCCAACAUUUUAGAGAUCCAAGUGAACUCGAAAUUAGUGUCAGCGACCGAAACCAUCCCGAUCCCUUCAUAAGGUCCGAAGAAAUAUUGGCUACCAAACAUGAUUUAGAGGCUCCAUGCUUAUCAGACAUGACUACCAUGGAAACAAAUGGUGGGCUCCAAGUGAAAGUGGACAAUCAUCAAGAACAUUCAUCUUUAUUAGACUUCGAAGAAAGGUGCCCACCAGGAGGAAGCAAAUCCAUUAUAUUCUACUCGACAAGCUUGGGAUGUAUUAGGAAAACAUUUGAAGAAUGCAAUGGUAUUCGGUUCCUACUCGAAAGCUUCAAAGUGUUGUUCUUCGAGAGAGAUGUAUCGAAGCACUUGGAAUUCAGGGAGGAGCUAUGGGAAGUCUUGGGGAGCAGGGUGAUCCCCCCGCGGCUUUUUAUUAAGGGAAGGUACAUUGGAGGAGCGGAUGAAGUGGUAGGCCUGCAUGAGCAAGGAAAACUAAGGAAACUGCUGGAAGGCAUACCACUGGACUUGGCAAAUUCAUCUUGCUCUUGCUGUGCAAACACCAGGUUUCUGGUGUGCCCAUGCUGCAAUGGCAGUCGCAAGGUUCUUAAAGAAGACAACGACGACAACAACUCGUGUUAUAAUAGAUGCACUGAUUGCAAUGAGAAUGGGUUAGCCAAAUGCCCCUUUUGCUGCUGAAAACACUA